CUUUGAGUACCCAGGCUGGCCAGGCGGUGGCGAAGGCGGCGGUGGUGGCCGGCAUGGGCGAUGGGGGUGCCGAGCGCGACCGUGGCCCCGCACGCCGGGAGUCGUGCGGUGGGCGCGGCGGGGAUCGCAGUGGAGCGGAGGACUCGAGCAUUGAUGCCGGCGGCCGCAGCCCAAGGGAAAUUGCAGGAACCUCUGCCUCCAGCCCCGCGGGCUCUAGGGAGAGCGGCGCGGACAGCGACGGGCUGCCCGGACUCGGAGAAACAGAACACUGCCGCCGCAUCCUGGUGCGAGAUGCCAAAGGGACCAUCCGGGAAAUUGUUCUGCCCAAGGGCCUGGACCUGGACCGGCCCAAGCGAACCCGCACGUCCUUCACGGCUGAGCAGCUGUACCGCCUGGAGAUGGAGUUCCAGCGCUGCCAGUACGUGGUGGGCCGUGAGCGCACUGAGCUGGCCCGCCAGCUGAACCUCUCAGAGACCCAGGUGAAGGUCUGGUUCCAGAACCGCCGCACGAAGCAGAAGAAAGACCACAGCAGAGACCUGGAGAAGCGGGCGUCCUCCUCGGCCUCUGAGGCCUUUGCCACGUCCAGCAUCCUGCGGCUGCUGGAGCAGGGCCGGCUGCUGCCUGUGCCCCGGGCCCCCAGCCUCCUGGCACUGACGCCCAACCCCGUGGGCCUGCCUGCUGGCCACAGGGGCACCUCCUUGGGUGACCCCCGGGACUCCUCCCCACGCCUCAACCCUCUGACCUCGGCUUCAGUGUCCCCCCCACUGCCGCCCCCUCUGUCAGUGCUCUGCUUUUCCACUGCGCCGCUCCGGGACCUGCCUGUGUGUUACGAGCUGGGCUCCUCGGCCUUCGAGCCCUACAGCCGGCUAGAAUGGAACCCAGGCGGCCUGGGCAGCAGCAAGAAAACUAACGCUUAAGCCUCCACCCCCCCGUGUGGCACGGAGUUCCCAAACACAGCAUCACCCCUGCCUCCUGAGCCCCAGUGGACUGUCCUGAGCAGGCCCCCAGGCGAGGGGGGCGGCCACGUGGUCCCACCCCGACCCCCAGCACAGAGACUCUUGACCAGAUGGUCGCGGUCCUACAGCUUGUGUGUGUGAGUCAAGUGUGCGUGGGUGUGCCUUUCACUGAAAUAAAAGGAAAACAAUGACUAGAAGGGAAAGAGUCCCCACAGCACCACCACUGCCCCUCAAUCCCCUCUGCCUCUCCGCACUGGGAAGGAAAAUGGGCUGAGUCAAGGGGACCUUUAGUGGGGGUGGGAGGCAAACACUGGCGCCAAGUUCAUGGCCAUGGGAGAUUGGGGUCCCCACACCUGUGGGUCGACAGGCCCCUGACCCCCACUCUCCGUUAGAGCUCCCACCCAGGCAUUACCAAGCCCCUGGCUAAGCAUUGCCCUUUGGCAAGCUCCCCUUUCAAACAGAAAAAUACCUGAGAGGGGGAAACAUUAAAUCCUUUGAGAGGGUGGACAGUGAAAGACAAGACCGGGAUCCAGACAGCCGGAGAGAGGGCAUCAAAGGCAAACCUAGGCAAAACCCCACAUCCUAGCGGGCCCACCCAUUACAACCACCGCGACAGGAAGCACUUAAAAAUAAUUUUUUUUGUUCAAGUAAGACACGGUAAUUAACUUUUUGUUUGCAGUAAUCAUAGACUUAUAGCAAGUUGAAAAGACAGUCCAGAGAAUUCCUUCACCCAAUUUCCCCCAAUGGCUGAGUAACUAAAGUGAAAUAUCAAGCCAGGAAACAGACCUUAGUACCACGCAUGUGCAGUUCCGUGUUGUUUUAUCACCUGUGUAAGAUCCUCAGAACCACUGCUGCAAACAAGAUGGAGACCUGCUGAUU